CGCAGUAGCUAACUUGGGCACAAACAAGGAGACCAUGCACAGACCAUGUGCGCACACACACGCCAAUGCACAUGUACACAAAUACACACACACACACACACACACGCAUGUCGAUGACGUUAUUGUGCGUUUCGCCCGGCAGAGAGAAGAGGACAAAAGACAAAUUGUACCAUCAUGUCGAUGUCGGUAGCACAGGUGGAGAAGGCUCUUGCUGAGGUAAUGAAGUAUGCAGCGGAGGGCAUCCACUACAGCGGUGACAUCGAGUUCUCUUUGCUGAAGGAGAGGGUGGCGAGGUACUUCGCAGUCAGUGUGGAUAUGAGAUCCACAAUCAUGGCAAAUGACGAGGGGUGUGUCAAGGCACGAAUGCUCUUGCAAUGCUUGAGAGAGUCACCACAUGUACUUGUGGACAACGAAGUGGAACACAGUCCUUAUAGUCUAAAAGGAGUGGUUCAGUGGAUGUGCAACGAUGGGAUGUGCGAAGAUGGAAACGUGGACAUGACAAUGCACCAAAAAGGGGGAACGUAUGCACCUGCAGAUUUCAAAAAGUUGCUGGGCACUGUGGCGAAGAACUCCGACAUGCUUGUUGAUGGGUCCAAGGACGAGCUGAAAAGUGGUGCUGCAGAGAUCUUGGUGUUGUCCAGAGUAAAGGACAUCACACAAACACCACCACAGGACUUUCAAGAUGUUUCUGUAAUUGUUGCAGAUGGUGUGGAAUAUGUGCUGCUGGAUCAGCUCUGCGAUUUCAUGAAAAAAAGUGAUGAGGACAGGAACGUCAUCCACGAGGCGUUGCACGAAGUGACAGAGUUUGCACUGCAGGGUAAAUAUCUGAUCGAAUUUGUGCCAGCGAGAGGAGAAGACGACUUCAUAUCCGGCAGACCGUUGUGGGGGGACUUAUUGUCACGCGUUUUGGACUGGCUCAGUCUUGCAAGUUGCAAUGUUGAGAAACAAAGAGAAAGAGAAGAAGGGUGGAAGUUGAUCGCCAGGGAAACAAGUUUAGCAAUCAUUCCAGACAAUGGAGAGAUAUCAGCAGUAGGAGAAUCAAUAAGCAGUAUGGCAGUCGAUGUGCCUCCCAUGCAGAUAGCAGAUACAGAGGAGGUACUGCUUGCGGAUAUCUUCAAUGCUAACGCUAUGGAGAGAGAUCAGUGUAAUGUUGGAUUAGAAGACGCCGAUUUGGCAAGUUGUCUUGCAAUAUACACAGACAAUGAAGAAGAAGAAGAUGAAGAAGAGGAUGAGGAGGCAUCGUCUUCUGACGUAGAGGUGAGCGGCAGCGAUGUCAGCAGCGACGAGGCAGACGAGGAAGAUAAUGUUUACUAUGAUUUGAAGGGGGCGGGUGGACAAAUAUCAAAAGGUUGGGCACAUGCAGUUCUGAGGUUGGCACGUGCAUUCCCCGAUCCGCACAAUAUGCUGCGUGUUGUGAUGAAGGGGGCAACACCUGACGGUGCUCUACAGUAUGCCGCAAUCACCACUAUAAUGCAAACAUGCAACAAGGGGGAAAAGUGGUUACGUGUUGGCAAGGGAUGGUUUGUUCUGGUGAACAGAGAGGUUGUGCUAGCAACGUCACAGACGUGGGGAAUCAAUCGGAGUUGCCUCAUACACGGCGCAAUGGCGACAGCUUGCGGAGAGACAUUGAACCCCGGCUUGAAAACAGAAGACGCCAUAGUUGGUGCUCAACCACGACAUCUUUCAACAGGAGACGCCAUAGUUCACAGUCAACCUGAUGACAGACAUGCAUAGCAUAUAGCAAUGGAGUAGUUGUACAAACAACCCUCAAUUUGUACAUCCCUCAACCACGGUC